AUGACGUGGGCGACGUCGCACGUGGUCUUCGCGCUUCCUUGGGCGCUCGCGUCGUUCGUCGACGACGCGCGCGACGUCCCGCACGACACCCCGGUGUUCUGGCUGGACGCGUGCGAAUCGUUCCGCAGGCACUGGAGCGUGUUUCACGCGUCUCUGUUUCAGUUUUUUUACGCCUCCGUGUUCCAGCCGCUCGGCGGCGGGCACCUCGCGGUCGUCGCCGUCGUGGCGUUCUCGACGUCUUUCCACGGGUUCCAGACGCACUGGUUGAUUUGGGGGCUCGUGAACGGGCUCGGGCUGAGCGCGGAGCGCGUCGUCGACGCGCGGGGGGAGACCCGGCGUCGGACCCCCCGGGAGGGGACGUUCGGGUUCGCGCGGGAGGCGGUCUCGAAGGCGGCGCGGCGGACGGUGGCGAUCUACUCCGCGGUGCUGACGACGUGCGGCCGCGGGUUCGACGCGCGCGCGCACGCGUCGGUCUUUGGCGCGUUCUUCGCGUGCUCGUGCGCGUGGGAGGCGACGCGGCGCGGCGACGCGGGGUAG